AUGCGGCUGGCGGUUCGCGAAGUCCAGGCGCUCAUGCCACCACACAGCAUCUUCCUCACGAUCCUGCGCCACCCUGUUCAAACGUUCGAGUCCGUCUUCCACUACUACCUCAACGUCGUGCCUGCCUUCCAGAUGCUGGCCAACCACUCCAGGCCGCUGAUGGCUUUCCUGGAGGCGUCGGCUCGCUACUACGAUGCCAGGGAUGCCAGUAAUGGGCUGGCCAAAAACCCCAUGGCCUUUGACCUAGGCCUGAACGCCAGUCAGGAAGAAGCGCCGAGUGGCCGGUGGCUGGGAGAGCUGGAAAGGCUGAAUCGGACUUUUCAGCUGGUGAUGAUCGCGGAGCACUUUGACGAGUCGCUCCUCCUGGCGAGGGAGCUGCUGGGGCUGGACAUGGAAGAGCUGGUGUACGUCAGGCUCAACGUGCGCCACAAAGAGGGCGAGCCUCUGCCCAAGGCGCUGGUGCAGAAGAUCCAGGCCUGGAACUGGUUGGACAUGCAGAUCUACAGGUUUUUCCAGGGCGUUUUCUGGCACAAGGUGGAGCGCUAUGGCUACAUGCGCAUGAAGAGGGAGUUGGACACCUUCCAUGCGCUGCUCAGGGAGACGGGGGCCAGGUGCCUGUCGGGGGAGCCUGUAGGACCUGAGCGCAUGACCGAUGAGCUGCGGCCUUGGCAGCCGGGCAGUGUCACCAUUCUGGGCUACAGCCUCAAACAGAACCUCACCUAUGCCCAGUACAACGGCUGCUUCCGUAUCAUCCUGCCCGAGCUCCAGUAUCACGCUUACCUCUAUUACAGGCAAUAUGGGAGGGACAUGCGCCCUUAG